AUGACCGAAGAAGCUCAAGAGAUCUGCAUGUUCUUCGUGGAUGACUCCAAUAUCUGGAUCGAGGCCCAAAAGUUCGCCGCCUCAGGAAACAGCCAUAUGCCCAAACUGACUGACCGCGACCGCGAUCCCCGUCUCAGGAUCAACAUCGGCAAGCUGGUCAAGACACUCCUCGGCGGUCGCUUUCAAGGCACCUCGUAUCUCUAUGGCUCUCGCCCGCCGCCCAACGACGCCGUGUGGAACACGUUUGAGAAGUACAACUUCCGAACCAAGAUCUACGAUCGCGCCCGUGGCAAGGAGAAGCAGGUAGACACCGCCAUGACGGCGGAUAUGAGCCGCACAUCUACCAGGCUCAGCACCAUGGCCGACUUUCGCUCCGACAUUAAAGAGGAGAAUAAGAGGACUGUCUUUAUCGCCAUCACCGGAGACCAAGACAUGGUCCCGCCAAUCAGACAAGCCUUGGACGACGGGUUCCGGGUUGAGCUCUGGGCCUGGAAAUCGGGCAUCUCUUCUGAGUACCGUAAACUAGCCAACGACAUGGCUCUGCUGUCGAUAAACUACCUGGAGCACGUAUUCAAAGAGAUCUCUUUCACUAGCUACCGUUCCACUAGGCGGUCCGGAAAGGUGACUCCAAGCUGCACUCUCGUGCUCUACGAGUUUACCGGCCCAGAGUCCACCGACCCCCUCAACGCGGAAGCUAUUGUCUGCAAUGGGCUCGAUGGAUGGGGCCGCUUGUCCUUCAUAACCCCAUCCAACGUGACAAACGAGUUCUACGUCGAGUUCCCCGGAGUCAAGAACAUCAAUGACAUGGAUGACCUGAUCGCCAAGGCAGAGACCCAGUUCAAGGGACUGUGGAAAGUCAUGUCGUGGCCUCGAUACGCGAACCGCUUUAACGAAGGACCGCCGGCCAUGGUCGAAACUAGCAACAUGUUUGCGCCUCUGGAGGGUGACGGGGAUCAAAAAUCCGUGGAAAUCAUGGCCAAGGAAGAGUCCCAACGCACCCAACACAGAACCAACGCGUCCAGUGCUACAGCCAACGUCAGGGACCCAUCCAACCCCUGGAAGCUGCCCGCCGGGGGCGAACAGAGUGAAAACGCAGAGGCAAGCAGCCUCGAUGAUCCCAGCAACAGCAACACCGGCAAGUGGGAGACGGUAACUCGCACUAAUUUGAGAAGUGGCCAUCAUGCAAAACAGCCAUGCCCCUACGGCAUUCGCUGUGGUAAACGUGGCGAUUGCGGUCAUCUACACACCAAAGAGGAGCGCGACCUGUUCCAAGCCCUGCCAGAGCAGAACUUCAAGAAAUGGAGGACGAGCAAGUGCCGUCACGGAGACAGAUGUUACCUCGGGAAAAGAUCAUUGAAAUCAAUUCCACGUCUCGACGACCGUCAUGAAUUCCUCAGCGUCUUGAGGCUGGAGCCUACUCAGACGGUUGAGAGAUGGGCUGCCGAACUCUGGGGCGCCGUGGCUUGGUUAGAAUCUCUGGGUCUGGUCCAUGGAGAUCUACGACCCGAAAACCUGCUGCUCGACGCAGGAGACCAUCUCAAGCUUGCCGAUUUUGACUGUGUCGACAAGAUAGGGAACGACUCACUCGGAAAUCCUCCGCCAUGGGCUCGUGUGCUUGGGUCAGAGGCUGGAGCGCAGCGUGAAUCGUUUGGAAUCAAUGGGCUGCAGACAGAACAGUUCGCUAUCGGUUCUUUACUCUACGCCAUGACCCGUGGGCAUGAGCCGGACAUGAAGUUUCCUGAAUUGGGCCAGGGUUGUUUAGAUGUCAUUAUCGAUCGAUGCUGGAAAGGCCUCUACGACUCGGUCGAGUGUCUAGCAAAGGAGACGGCAGGCUUGGAUGGUGCUGUUUCCCUACCUCGUGCUGAAGCAUUGGACGAAAGCCAUGUUUCUGAGAUGCGGGAUCGAUUCCAACGGUUGGUGGACAAGGGCUUGCUAGAUACGGAUGAGUAG